GCUGAUUCUCAGUCAUGUGACCAAAUACGGAAAUAAUCGUGCAGAGUUUGUCCACAAUGGCAUCAUGACUUUGUGACACAAAUUUAUUACAAAGUUUAUUUUCUUAUGAGUGUUUUCUUCAGGUGUUUAUGAAAUGCCAGAUCAGCUAUGGUGAUUUGUUUCUUAAUCCACACGGUGUGUCCGGUGAGCGCGCUGUCCGCAGGUGAGAGUCGGAUACUGUACGCGCGCGUGUUCGGACCGGAGACCGGAGACGGUGACUUCACACCGGAGCAGAGACGACUGAUGCAGAAAGAGAAACUUCACGUGGUAGCGAGGCAGGUGAGGUGUGCUGUGGCUCUGAGUAGGGAGGCCUCAGGCGGUUUGUGUGUGGAGGCAGUGCUGGGUGAGGAGGCUGCAGCUCUGGGUGAAGCUGACAGCGGAGUGUUUUCCCUGGGCGAUGCAGAGCUCUUUCCUGAUCGGACUGUUGUUCUGUGGCUGGGGGUUCAGUCUCUAGCGUUCACUCUGGUCUGCAGAUCACACGAGAACCUCCUGCUCGCCGAGGGAGCGCUUCGCAACAUUGCACGUCACUGCCUGGAGGAGCUACGUCUGCUGGGACCUGGUGCUGAGGUGUUGCUGAAAAGUGAUCGAGUGGACGGAUUGUUGCACAGACUGCUUCCCCAUGGUCAGCUCCUCUUUCUCAACCACCGUUUUGCCUUCGCCCUGGAUAAAGAGAUAGCGAGCUACGUGAGCAAAUGAAACAGUGUGUGUAUUGGUAUAAACAUGAACAUUUGCCACAUAUUUAGAGAGUAAUAUAUUAACUGCCUGAUAAAUCGAGGAUGUUCUGAUUUAAGAGAUUUGGACGAACCACUUCUCCUCUGAAGGUGUAAUGGCAUUCGAAAAGUAAAAGAUUGCACCCACAAAGUGUAUUGUGAACUGUUUUUUUCCCUUUGAGGAAACCAGAAGGCACAUGUUCUAAAACUUUAAUUGCAGUUUGACAUCAGAUUAGAUGAAAAAAGGCCCAACCCACUCUAAAAAAGCAGCACAGCUUGUGAUAUAUCGGUGAAAGAUUCUUUAGAGCUUAUUCAAGUAAAGCUCUUUACACAUUUGAUCUCAGGCAGGAUGACUUUGGAGUACCUGAUUAACUGGCCAUAAAUGGUCAAUUGAUAACAUUGUUCAUUGAGUUUCUUGUUAAUUAAAAUCUGAAUUUAUUAUUAUUACUGUCUGGCUGGGUCAAAAUAAAACCAUUGCAGUGUAUAUAUAUAUAUAUAUAUAUAUAUAUAUAUAUAUAUAUGACUCUCCUCUAGAGGGCAGUGUUGCAUUUUAUUAAUUGCUAUAUGUUUUGCUUUAGUCAAGUGCAUGGCAAUUUGAAUAAUCCUCUAACACUUUCAUCUAAAAUAAUUCAGUAGUUCACAGCAGUGUGUCUGCCAACAGAUCUGAGAUGGCUGAUUGACAAGGCCGUAUGACGCCUUGAUAUCUAGGCCAACGAAGCAAUCACGCAAUUCCUGAAAAUCCAUUUUUAGCCUCUCUUUCCCCUGAUUUAAUAAUGACGAGUUACCUCUGUCAUCGUGCUGUGCUGGGAAUGAAGAGAGGGCGAGGAUGUCCACUUAUAGUAAGUGUGAGGCCAAUCAUAACUCACAAGUACUACGGUUCAAUAUGUUGUCUGGUGAGUGUGAGGCUUUUCUGGCUUCCUUGUGUCAGCUGCCUUAUAGAGUAGUGAUGGUUGGCAUUCCUCUCGCAUCAAGCAUGACAAGAGCCCCAUUAUGGCCAAAUGCUCUGUAGCUGUGAAAUGUUGUUUAGACACUCGCAUUGAAAGGACCUAUAGCACAUUACAUGUCAUCACAAUAGCAUUUGAAUCGAGUAGCAUGCGGUUAGUGAUAUCUCAGAUCUCUCACUGCAUUUCUGUGGAUGUUAAACAAUUUCACACUUUCAGGUGACAGCAUUCAAGGGGUCUAUAUCUGUAUUUUUUCCACUUAAAAUGACUGAAAAUAUAGUUUUUCAUAACCAAUUUUCACCUCUAUCUCAUCUGCUUAGAAGAAAAUUGGAGUUUUUGGCUGCUAUGCCUUUAAGGUGUCCAUGUAAACACUGUUGGAAAAUAUGCUGCACAAUAUGUUAAGAUUUGGGACCUUAUUAAAAUGAACUUCACCCCUUUUUCCUUAUGUUGAGAUGUUUUUGUAGCCUUUGCAGAGCCGUAGGUGCUACACACAGCCAUUAUCAGCAUAAACUAGGUUUUUCUGAUGUUAGGAAUGACAAUUAAUCAUUGAAUUAUGAAUGUGGGUAGUCAUAUGUUAAUGAGUUUUGGUUUUCUGAUAUCAGGAACCUGGGAAUUUUGGAAAAAGCCAUGUUUGCAGUUUAGUUUCAGUAGAUCGUCUUUUUGAAUUGGGAAGUUAUUGUAUAUUUUUAUAGUGUAUUUUCAUUCAUGAAGUUAUUGUGAACACAAAUUAUGUGUUUACUGUACUACUAAUUUGUUCACUCGUUUUAAUUUGAAAAUGAAGGAACGAAUCAAUAAUAUAGCCACAAAUUAAUAUGACUAUAGUAGUAAUAAUAUCCCAACAACAGUAAGAGGUAAUAAUAAUCCUAAUGUGUAGUUUUACCUACAUUUUUUGAUGCAAUGUUAAAAUAAAAUGCGUCAUCUUG